AUGGGAGGUGAUAAUGGAGAUGUAGAAGAAGAAGUCAGCAAAGAAACCAACGGUGGAGAUGACGGAGUCAAUGUCAACAUCAGAUGCUCUAACGGCUCAAAAUUCACCGUCAAAAUUAGCUUGUCGUCAACCGUUGAUUCGUUUAAGCAGCUUAUCGCGAAUCAGUGUGAUGUGCCGUCUAAUCAACAACGAUUGAUUUACAAGGGUCGGAUCUUGAAGGAUGAUCAAACUCUACAGAGCUACGGUUUGGAGGCAGAUCAUGCUGUCCACUUGGUUCGUGGGUUUGCACCAUCUGCACCAGCCAAUGCAACUGCUGCAACAAAUACUGGAGGUUUGAAUACAACGCUAACUAAUACUAGAGCUGCUGGUUCUAAUGAUGACGGAGUACUUGGAGGAUCUGGUUUUGGGUCACUAUUUCCAGGACUUGGUUUAAAUGGAUUGGGUGGCAAUGGUGGUUUGUUUGGAGCUGGACUUCCAGAGUUUGAACAAGUGCAGCAACAGUUGACUCGGAACCCCAACAUCAUGAGAGACAUAAUGAACACGCCUGUUGUUCAGAACCUAAUGAAUAACCCUGAAAUCAUGCGAAACUUGCUAAUGAACAAUCCUCAAAUGCGUGAAAUCAUUGACCGUAAUCCUGAGCUGGCUCAUAUACUUAAUGAUCCCAGCACUCUUCGUCAAACACUUGAAGCUGCAAGAAACCCAGAGCUCAUGCGUGAGAUGAUGCGCAACACAGACAGAGCUAUGAGCAACAUUGAAUCUUCUCCUGAGGGAUUCAACAUGCUGAGGCGCAUGUAUGAAACUGUUCAAGAGCCGUUUCUUAAUGCAACAACAAUGGCUGGAAAUGCUGGAGCUGAUAGUGCAAACCCAUUUGCAGCUCUUUUAGGGACCCAAACUGGGAACCAGGCCAGAGAUGGAUCAACCAAUCUGUCAACCACUAGCUCUGAAGCAACCACUGGUUCUCCUGCUCCAAACACGAACCCACUUCCCAACCCUUGGAGCACUGGAGGUGCCCAAACUAACACCACUAGUUCGAACCCUACUGGUGAUACUAGGCCACAGGCACCUACUGGGCUAGGCGGACUUGGUCUCCCAGAUCUUGACAACAUGUUUAGUGCAACGCCAGAUGCUGCUAUGGUGAGCCAGUUGAUGCAAAAUCCGGCCAUCUCACAAAUGAUGCAAAGCUUCAUGUCCAGCCCUCAGUACAUGAACCAGAUUCUUGGUAUGAAUCCCCAACUCCGUAGCAUGCUUGAUUCCAAUCCUCAACUAAGAGAAAUGAUGCAAAACCCAGAAUUUCUUCGCCAGUUGACGUCUCCUGAGACGAUGCAGCAUCUCUUGACUUUCCAGCAAUCUCUUAUGUCUCAACUUGGUCGGCAGCAGUCUACCCAGGAACAAGGUCAGACUGGUGCUGGCACAGGAACAGCCAACAGCUCUGGUUUGGAUAUGUUGAUGAACAUGUUUGGUGGACUCGGGGCUGGCAGCCUGGCUGUUCCCAACAGAUCGAACGUGCCCCCAGAAGAACUAUAUGCGACUCAGCUGUCACAACUUCAAGAAAUGGGCUUCUUUGACACUCAAGAGAAUAUAAGAGCAUUAAUUGCAACUGCAGGGAAUGUCCAUGCUGCAGUUGAGCGUCUUUUGGGGAAUUCCGGCCAAUAG